UGUUUGCAUUUUGUUCGUGUUUGGGAUUCAAAUGAAAACAGGGUGCGGCGUAUCAUCUCCCCAUUUACGCUUGCAUCGGGCGAACUUGAGUGUGAACGGGAUUCAAUAGUGGUAUUGUACUGGCCCUGGCCGUGGGUGUGGAUCAUUGAAAGGCCAUUACAAGUACGAUCUGUACAGGGCCUUUAUAUUAUACAGUUGAAAGUUUUCAAUCGACGAAUGCAACUCUGACUCCCGGACGGCCUCAAUAUGUCCAAGAAUGUUCUCCAGCGGCGUCUUCGGAAGGAAUUAGCUUCGAUGCACACGGACAGCCCUCCUGGUAUUCGCCUUCAUCCCACCACAGUUUCCAGUGGAGCCUUGACACAUUGGGAAGUGGAGGUGGAUGGAGCUGAAGGCACUCUGUACGAAGGAGAGCACUAUCUGCUUGAUUUAAAAUUCAACGCCCGGUACCCGUUUGAGUCACCCUCGGUGAUGUUUGUUGGCUCCUCUAUUCCUGUCCAUCCGCACAUUUACUCCAAUGGUCAUAUUUGUCUCAACAUCCUAACUGACGACUGGUCACCAGCACUUACGGCUUUGUCUAUUUGUAUCAGUAUCUUGAGCAUGCUCAGCAGCUGCACAGAAAAGAAAAAGCCAGCUGAUGACUCAACAUACAUGUUAUUUGCUCCCAAGGAUCCCAAGAAAACGCAGUGGGUUUAUGAAGAUGACAACAUAUGAUGUCAUUCACCUACGCUGCUGUGGUGGAAGCUUCUCAACUGUUGACUCUCUGUCUGGUAUCCAUAGAAAAAGUAUCUUUAAAAGUAGGUGUGGAGUUCUGUCUUUGUGAUUGUGCUUUCUCUAUGUAUAUAUCUCCCACUUUUCAUGUCCGCUUGUGUACAUAUUUUUGUAUAUAGCUGCUCCCUCUGGUCCUGAAUAUAUCCCCCAAUAUCAUACCACCACCACCACCACUACCGCCACCAACACCACCACACACACAUACAGUCCAUUGCAUUGAAAAUCGCCCUGAAAAGCUACCAGUAAAUCUACUGUGCAAGCUUGCCAUUGCCCUCUGGCCUACGCUAUCAAUCCACCUAUUUUAUUCAGAUAAUCUUACAGAAUCUAUCUCCUGUCUUUCGGUGCAUGAUCAUGCCGGUAGCGGUCUGACUGUGCACAUAAUAAUUAUUUGUUUUGGUUUCUAUUUCUUACUUCUCUUUGGCAGUUAUUGGCAGUGCCCAAUUAUUCUUCAGCUCUUCCCCAGAUGUGUGCAGCUGUCCGGCUAUGUCCUCAUCGUUGCAGUGACUCUUUUUAAAUCCUGUUUCAUUUAAUUUUAAAAGUGCAAUGUCCGCUGGCAUGUCACUCCCCGCUCUUAUCAUGGACCAUUCUCUUUAUGAUCACAUCAAUGCAUAGAUGUUAGGAGGCAUUCUCAGUGUGCUCGGCCAUUUGUAGACCAAGUCUAGAGCUAAGCAGUCGUUUUAUCCACUGGAAUUUUAGUUCAGGUUUGUACUUUUGUAAGGUUUUCACUUUAGUUUCUCGGUUGGUCAAUUAAUUGACUACAUGUGAGUCUUGGCCAUGCCUGUUCUCACUCAGUCUCAUCCCUAGUUCCAAUCAUGGGACAUGAAUAUGUUCAUUACCCCUUUUUCUACACUCGUUACAUCAGUUUUAUUUCCCUUUCAAUGAGCUGCUGCAUUGCAGCACAGUACUAAUAUAAGUACUAGGCCCACUAUGUGUAGAAAUAGAGCACCACGAUUUGACUGCACUCUGUGCCCUUGUGUUAAAGUAUGUUCGAUUCCCUCAA